AUGACAGAAGCAAACAACCUGAGAGACGCCCGGAGAAGAAGAAGAAUCCUCCAACAAGGAUCCGACCGUCUUGCCUUCAUCCAGGGUCGGAUCCAAACCCUCCCUCCUCCCGAAUCACAACCUCUAUUUCAACCUCAACCACCAACAACACAUCAAGAUUCAUCUGAUGAAAUUUCCCAGCUCGAAGAACCUAGAAGUUUCGAUUUCAUAAGCCUUAGGGAUGUGACGAAUGCCGUUGAUGCCUCAAGGUUUACGCGUCUUUGUUGUUCGAUUAUAGUUGCCUUAUUGGUUGUUGCCUCUUGUCUAGGAUUCUCUUUGAUUAAGACUAUUAUAAGCUUUAGACCACUUUACUUGGUUCUCCUCACAAAUUCGUCUUUUGUUGUUGCGAAAAUUAUUUCUGGGAAACAAAGAGGCUCUGAUGAAAGGUUGAGGAGGAGACGGAACAACGCCAGUGCCAGCGCCAGCGCUGAUUCUUCUGAUCAAUAUGCACAGCUUGCAAAAACAUUGGAAAUUGGAAUGGUGCUGAAGACUGUGGCUGAUGCUGUCUUCAUAGAUUGUGCUGUCUAUGCUAUUGUGCUCAUAUGCAGCCUUUCCCUUGUGCAUCACUGA